AUGGUUUCAAGUGUCUUGGGUAGUCUCGUGUGUGUGAUCCUGCACCUGGCUGUAUGCGAUGAUUACUGUAGCAGCUACUGGGACACGGAUGGUUUCUACCAUGAUACUCAGCAAUGUGGCUUUCAGUACUGCUGUGGAGACUGCGACAAGAAAUACUGCUGCAGUGGACAGGAAAACCAUCUAACUCAAGAAAAACAAGAAGGCUGUGGUGGAAGGCCUAGCAAUGAGAAACAAAUCCGUGCUGCUGCAGUUCUGGGAGGCAUCUUUGCAUCUAUUUUUCCCAUUAUCCUUUGUGUGGUUCUCAUCGUCUGCUGUGUGUCUCCCUGCUGCUUGUUUUACAAGUGUCGAAAAGGAACCGACCAAAGGCAGCAAAGUAGGACAAAUGUUCGGUUAAAGUUUAGUUUGUGUAGGAAACUACACUGUCAGACUCUACGAUGUACUGAUUGUGCAGUUGUGAUAUACACCACCAAUGCAGUCAAUGCACCCCAGCAGCCAGUCUCCUCCUCUGGAAAAAAGCUGUCCUUCCCAGGCUACCAGCCUGUACUCGUCCUGCAUGGAUAUGGAGGCUCACCAACACCCACAGCACCACCGCAUUCAUACCUGGAAGCUACAGAUCCAGCUCGCUCUCCAGUUCCACCCCCUCAGCGGCAGCCGAUGUACCCCCUCCAACCACUUGGCCAGCCUCAUGCACCGCCACUACAUUCAGAUGAACUUGCACAGCCACCUUACAACCCGUCUUAUGGCCCACACCCCUGAAUCGGAAAGCUUACCAGAUAAAAACAGUGCAUGAUUGUUGCACCACCGUUCUCAGGGGAAUGUGUGAGUGAAUGUGUGUUUUAGAUAGUGUUUAUACAGCGGAAACAACUUUGUGGGAUGUCAAAUUAAAUACAUCUGGUGAUAUUUAAGCCAAACUGUUCAUAAUUUAAACCAGACUACCAAAAAUCUUUGCUGUAUUUUGCUGCUGCUACUUUUUAAGUGUAAACUUUUGUGAAUAAUAACUUCAGUAAUGACCAUUUGUUUAGCAGUAUCCAAUUUGAAACUAUGAUAACUUUUAAAAUUGAUGUGUUGAAUGCUGAAAAACACUCAAUUCCAGGAGUACAAAACACAAAUAUCAAGUCAGGAGAGAGAGAAAAAAUAUAAAAACAACGAUUAUUGGGUAAAAAAAAAAAACUACAAACACUGUAACAUGAGCACAACAAUUAAGGAAAAAUCCCAAAAAAACAGGGAAGUCUUGUUUGUUGUGCAGUGUUGUUGUUCCUGCAGGUGAUGAUCAUGAGCUGUAUGUUUGACUAGGUCCCCAUCAGCUGGGGGAUUCAUGUGUAUUAUUAUACUCAACGCUUACAGUACAAAGUACAAAGCCUCAUUUUCUUACAUCACAUAUGAACAGCACUGUUAAUACAUAUAUACUCUUUCAAUUGACCCAUGAGUCCGAUGUACUUUUCAAUAAACUCUAGCUGCCACUAGAGGUCUCCUCAGCCCCACUUCUGAAUAGAAAAGCGAAACAGUUGAACACAAUAUGCUGCGUGCUGGUGCUACACGGUAUUGUUAUCAAGCAAAUUGUUUUAAAUGCUAAACAACAAACCUAUGAUUCUGACAAAAAGGUAGUCUCAACAAGAUUAAGCAUACUUCUUUUUCUUGCAGAGGUCCAGGAUUAAAAUCCCAGGUGUCUGUAUUUUAACCACUUGAUCUACAGGAUACAUGGUUGG